UUUUGUGUUAAUAAACAAGACCCCAGUGUCUUUUAAAAGAAAACGAAACCUUUACCCUUAAUACUCUUAUUUUUCGUAUAGAGACGAGUUUGACGGGUUUUUAUAACCAUACAGAAAUGGUUCACGAAGAUUUGUUUUCACGUCUUAACGAAGUUGGAUAUAAGAACUGGUUAAAAGCAGGUUUUUGCCUCCUGAAAGUUAAAGAUGGAUUGUGCGGAUUUGCAGACAGCGAAAUGCGGUGUUUUCACAACGCAAUCGUUAAUAACAACAUUGUCUUAAAAGGACAGAUUUGCAGAAGCAACUGUAAACCAUGGGGAAAUCAGUUUGAAUCUGCUUGUCCUCUCUGUACUGAGUGGAGAAUGGAAAUAUUGAAACACCACACUAAACCAUUUGCUAUUAUCAACUGGGGAAAUUGCAGACCCUGGCUUUGGCCGACUCAACACUGGGAACUGGCAAAGGCUUUCAUGCCACGUGGGCUGGCAGAUUUAUCCAGAGCAGACCAAUGUGAUGCAGCCGCACUGCUUAACCUUCUCCACUUUUGUGACCAUUUCAGCUUUAUCAAUCCGACCAUCGUAACUCAGGUCAUCCGUUGUAGGAAUGAGUUAAUGCACUCGUGUGAGAUGCAGGUCUCAAAUGAGUGGAUGGCACACUUUCAGAAGAGCCUGGAGCAGUUGUUACUAACUUUACGCCAUGUCCCUGAAGUGGCUGCAGCAGGUCAACAGAUCCAGGAGAUGUUUUCUGUUGAUCUGUCAUUGCACAUCCCAGGGGUCGACAGUGUGGAUGGAGCCACAGUGGAAGGAGUAUUGAUUGAAUCCAUCAGCCAGUGUGAAACGGAAUUGCUUAGGGAAUCUCUGAAAGACCUAUUAAACAACAGUGAACUCGAGGGAAAUGCCAUACCUCUGGAGAAACUCCAGAGCAUCCAUAGAUUCCUGAGCAGCCACAAGGAUCUCAAAGAGGAGUUCAGUACAGAACUUCAGAGCAUUUGCCUCCUGGAGGCACAACAGCUGCAAGGAGCAAACACUGCUGCUGAUGAAGGCUGAUGCAGAAAGAUGACUGCGCUACAGAGACAGCAGAAGAAAAACAACAAAUAUUAUUAUUAUUAUAUAGGGUCAGGGGUCAAUACUUGUAAAUGGAAAUUCUAUUUUGAUUCUUAUACUAAAUUUCAAUCAGGUAAUUAAUUCAGGUUUUUCAUAAGCUGGGCAUUCUAUGCAUUUUGCAACAGUACACAUGACAUUGGUUUAUGGUUUAAGGUACUUUUCAUAGAUUUUAGUAGUAUGCAACUGUGUGCAAGUUACAACCAAUAAAUUGUUAUGAACUGGAAAGAGA